GUUUACUGUUUAAAAAGUAUAUAGAUUGAUAGAUAGAUAGAUUACUUAACAGUUUUAUUACUAACGUAUUCGUAUUGCACUAUUUAGUGUAAAGUAUUAAAAUAACGUAAUGUGAGGAAAUGGCCGUUCACGAGCUAUUUUGUGUUAAGAUGUUUUUAAACUGUUGUGAGAUCUAAAAUGUGAAUUUCAUUUCUAAUAACGGAAGUUCACAGUUAAACCACUGCAAUUAAUAAAUUAGUAGCGUAAGUGAUACCAGGGACGCACUUGGAUGCAUCAGGAACCGAAGAAUGCCGCUGCUCUUCCAGGAUUGAUCGCUACAGACGGCAGAGGGAGCUGAAAUUUCCGGACAACCACUGCAGCUGGAACCAAGAUGCACAUCACCCAACCCUACCUCACCACCCCGACCCGCACCACGUCUGGACCUGAACACCACCCAACCCUACCUCACCACCCCGUCACACACCACAUCUGGACCUGCACACCACCCAACCCUACCUCACCACCCCGUCACGCACCACGUCUGGACCUGCACACCACCCAACCCUACCUCACCACCCCGUCACGCACCACGUCUGGACCUGCACAUCACCCAACCCUACCUCACCACCCCGACCCGCACGUCACCCAACCCUACCUCACCACCCCGUCACGCACCACGUCUGGACCCGCACACCACCCAACCCUACCUCACCACCCCGACCCGCACGUCACCCAACCCUACCUCACUACCCCGACCCUGACCACGUCUGGACCUGCACACCACCCAACCUACCUCACCACCCCGUCACGCACCACGUCUGGACCCGCACGUCACCCAACCCUACCUCACCACCCCGACCCGCACGUCACCCAACCCUACCUCACUACCCCGACCCUGACCACGUCUGGACCCGCACGUCACCCAACCCUACCUCGCCACCCCGACCCUGACCACGUCUGGACCUGCACAUCACCCAACCCUACCUCGCCACCCCGACCCUGACCACGUCUGGACCCGCACGUCGCCCAACCCUACCUCACCAACCCGUCACGCACGUCUGGACCCGCACGUCACCCAACCUUACCUCACCACCCCGACCCGCACCACAUCUGGACCUGCACAUCACCCAACCCACCUCACCACCCCGACCUGAACGUCACCCAACCCUACCUCACAACCCCGUCAUGCACCACGUCUGGACCCGCACGUCACCCAACCUACCUCACCACCCCGACCCGCACGUCACCCAACCCUACCUCACAACCCCGUCAUGCACCACGUCUGGACCCACACGUCACCCAACCCUACCUCACCACCCCGACCCGCACCAUGUCUGGACCCGCACAUCACCCAAACCUACCUCAGCACCCCGACCCGCACAUCACCAUCCCUAACUCGCCACCCCGACCUGCACCACGUCUGGACCCGCACAUCACCCAACCCACCUCACCACCCCGAACCGCACCAUGUCUGGACCUGCACAUCACCCAAACCUACCUCAGCACCCCGACCCGCACAUCACCAACCCUAACUCGCCACCCCGACCUGCACCACGUCGGGACCCGCACGUCACCCAAACCUACCUCAGCACCCCGACCCGCACAUCACCCAACCCACCUCACCACCCCGAACCGCACCAUGUCUGGACCUGCACAUCACCCAAACCUACCUCAGCACCCCGACCCGCACGUCACCCAACCCUACCUCACCACCCCGUCACGCACCACGUCUGGACCCGCACGUCACCCAACCCUACCUCACCACCCCGUCACGCACGUCUGGACCCGCACGUCACCCAACCCACCUCACCACCCCGACCCGCACGUCACCCAACCCUACCUCACCACCCCGUCACGCACCACAUCUGGACCUGCACAUCACCCAACCCUACCUCGCCACCCCGACCCACACGUCACCCAACCCUACCUCACCACCCCGUCACGCACGUCACCCAACCCACCUCACCACCCCGAACCGCACGUCACCCAACCCUACCUCACCACCCCGUCACGCACGUCUGGACCCGCACAUCACCCAACCCACCUCACCACCCCGACCCGCACGUCACCCAACCCUACCUCACCACCCCGUCACGCACGUCUGGACCCGCACGUCACCCAACCCACCUCACCACCCCGACCUGCACGUCACCCAACCCUACCUCACCACCCCGUCACGCACGUCUGGACCCGCACGUCACCCAACCCUACCUCACCACCCCGUCACGCACGUCUGGACCCGCACAUCACCCAACCCACCUCACCACCCCGAACUGCACGUCACCCAACCCUACCUCACCACCCCGUCACGCACCAUGUCUGGACCUGCACAUCACCCAAACCUACCUCACCACCCCGACCCGCACGUCACCCAACCCUACCUCACAACCCCGUCAUGCACCACGUCUGGACCCGCACGUCACCCAACCCUACCUCACCACCCCGUCACGCACCAUGUCUGGACCUGCACACCACCCAACCCUACCUCACCACCCCGACCCGCACGUCACACAACCCUACCUCACCACCCCGUCACGCACCAUGUCUGGACCUGCACACCACCCAACCCUACCUCACCACCCCGACCCGCACGUCACCCAACCCUACCUCACCACCCCGUCACGCACCAUGUCUGGACCUGCACAUCACCCAACCCACCUCACCACCCCGACCCGCACGUCACCCAACCCUACCUCACAACCCCGUCAUGCACCACGUCUGGACCCGCACGUCACCCAACCCUACCUCACCACCCCGUCACGCACCAUGUCUGGACCUGCACACCACCCAACCCUACCUCACCACCCCGUCACGCACCAUGUCUGGACCUGCACAUCACCCAAACCUACCUCACCACCCCGACCCGCACAUCACCCAACCCACCUCACCACCCCGAACCGCACGUCACCCAACCCUACCUCACCACCCCGUCACGCACCACGUCUGGACCUGCACAUCACCCAACCCACCUCGCCACCCCAAACCGCACGUCACCCAACCCUACCUCGCCACCACGUCGUCCAACCCUACCUCGCCUCCCCGUCACGCACCACAUCUGGACCCACACAUCACCCAACCCUACCUCACCACCCCGACCCGCAUGUCACCCAACCCUACCUCGCCACCCCAUAACACACCACAUCUGGACUCACACUUAUUGUUUGUUGGUAUGGUCUCUUUGUUUGUGUAUACAUCAUUGUAAAAAUAACUUGCCUCAAAUAUUAAAAGGCCCUGCGGGUUAAAGACGUCA